AUGUCCACCUCCAUCCUCCUCCUCUGCCUCCUCACCCUCCCCCUCUCUCUCCAUGCCUCCCAACAAACCAGAGGCUACCUCUUGAGCUGCGGCUCGACACGCAACGACGAAGAAGGACCUCUCACAUACACUCCGGACGACAAUUUCACAUCAGCCGGCAACAAAACAACCUUAAAACGAACGGACAUAUUGCCUAGGUUGCAAACUCUAAGGUUCUUCCCCAAUGCCAAUGCAAGAAAACACUGCUACACUUUUCCGGUGACCAAAGAGAAAAAAUACCUCGUCAAGACAGUCUAUUUUUACGGGGGAUUCGACGGAGGACACGAGCCGCCGGUUUUCGAUCAGAUAAUCGACGGCUCGAAAUGGAGCAUUGUUAACACGACGGAGGAUUAUGCAAACGGAGGGUCUUCGUAUUACGAAGCUGUUGUGGUGGCUCAGAACAAGUUCUUGAGUGUUUGUCUUGCGAGGAACGAGUACACGGUGAAUGGGUCGAGCCCGUUUAUUUCGUCGCUCGAGGUUUAUUUUCUUGAUGAUUCGGUUUAUAACUCGACCGAUUUCGAGAGGAAUAUGAUGGCGAAUGUCGCGAGGAGUAGCUUCGGACCCGAAGGAGAUAUCAUUUGCUUCCCAGACGAUAAGUUCGAUCGGUACUGGCAGACCUUCCGAGACGGCUACCCUUUCGUCUUGAGCCAAUCAAAUGCGACUCCAUCAACCUUCUGGAACAUUCCGCCACAGGGCGCCUUGUCAUCGGCACUCACAACUAGCAGAGGAAAAAACCUCACGUUCAACUGGCCGCCGUUUUCUCUCCCAAGCGGGCUUUAUUACAUUGCACUGUACUUUCAGGACAAUCGGCACGCAAGCCCGUACAGCUGGCGAGUCUUUGACGUUUACGUAAACGGGGGAAAAUUUUUUCAGGCCCUUAAUGUCACGGCUGAAGGUCAAAGUGUGGUCGGGACCAAAUGGCCACUUCAGGGGAUAACCGAGAUCUCGUUGGUUCCUAAUGGCGAUUCUCGUGUGGGCCCAUUGAUCAAUGCUGGCGAAAUCUUUCGGGUUUUGCCUGUUGAGGGAAAAACGGUCACCAGAGAUGUGAUGGUGAUAGAGGAUUUGCGAGAAGCAAUUUCUAAUAAUAAGCCUGAAGGUUGGGCAGGAGAUCCAUGCCUGCCCAAAGGGACUUCUUGGGUCGGUGUUUCGUGUUCAGACAAUGAUCCGUUUCGUAUCAUCUCUUUGCAUUUAGAGAACAACCAACUCGAAGGAUCGAUUCCUAGUUCACUUGGGGAACUACCAAAUCUUAAAGAAGUGUUUUUACAGAACAACAAACUCGACGGUAAAGUCCCGGAUUCUCUGAAAAAUAAGGAAGGCUUUAGUAUGCAAAAUUCGGAGAAUAUCAGCAUCGGAGGAGAAAAGUGA